AUGCAGGUCGAAGUCAAUCCCAACGAGGACACCGAAUGGAACGACAUUCUGCGCAAGCACGGUGUGAUCCCAGAAAAGCCCCAGGACCCAGAACCCCUGAUCCAGGAAGCGCUCGUCGAAGCCGAGAAGAAAGCAUACGAAAACCGCCUCGAAGAUAAAGACCUAGACGAACUCGACGAGCUCGAGGACGAGGAAGACGAGGCAUUCCUCGAACAAUAUCGCAAAAAGCGUCUAGCAGAGCUCUCGACUCUCCAACAAACCAGCGUCCACAACCAAGUAUACCCCAUCCAGAAGGUCGACUACGCGCGCGAAGUGACCGAUGCGUCGGCCAAAUAUUUCGUGCUGGUACAUUUGACCUCGUCGUCGGAUGGAAAUGUCGAGUCGCGGGUGUUAACGGAGCUGUGGCGUCAAUUGGCCGUCAAGUACGGAGAUGUCAAGUUCUGUCAGAUCCGUGGGAACAUGUGUAUCGAGGGAUACCCGGAUAAGAACACGCCGACGAUCUUGGUGUACAAGGACGGGGAGAUUCAGAGGCAGAUCAUCACGUUGAGGGAGUUCAAUGGUCCUAGGACUAAACUCGAAGAUCUCGAGAGGAUGCUUCUGGACCUCGGUGCCAUUAAAGAAAGUGAUAUUCGAUUGAAAAAGCGGUCGGAUGAGUCGGAUGAUGAACGACCGGCUAAGAAUAAACCCCAGGUAGAGGAUGACGAUGACGACUGGGACUGA